AGAUCGCAUCUCAUCUCAUGUCUUCAAUCCAAACCUGCCUAAAAUAAUAAUGCCUCAUCGAAAUGCUCGGCAUCUCAAGAUAUGAGGCUUAUCGUCGGGCCGAGCCGCGCUAGUUUUCCUUGGGACCACCAGCCAGCUUUUUCUUAUCUCGAAAGACGCGUCGGGUUUGGAGUUCUGCUGCCAAGAAAGCAACCAAGACACCACGGGAGACGAUAGCAUAGCUAAACAAUAGGUUGUUGUUGGUUUGGGGAGGACGGCUACUGUCGCCUGAGGAAUCGGGUACUCACCAGAUCAAAUAUCACGCCACAUCCCCGAUUCAAUCUUGGCAGCCCCGUCCUCUCACUACCAACAACCACCCAGACAACCAGACACACAGAACAAUGGCACCCUCCCUCUCCACCCGCCUCUCCCGCCUCUCCUCCAGCAUCUCGGAGCACCCCCUCUUCUCCACGCUCAGCAUCCCGCCCUCCCUACGCCGGCACCUGCACUGGAACUUCAUAACGCUCCACUACACAUACUUCAUCUCCAUAUGCCUCCUCUUCUCGCUCAUCUUCUGGGGCUGCUCGAACCCGCAGUACGCCAUCUCGUACACCGACUCCUUGUUCCUGGUCGUCAGCGCCAUGACGGAAGCGGGGCUCAAUACCGUGAAUCUGAGCCAGAUGACGACCGCGCAGCAGGUGUUACUUUGGUUUUUGAUUGUGGUUGGGGGAAGUAUUUGGGUUAGUAUUGCGACGGUGCAUGCGCGGAAGAGGGUUUUUGAAGCGCGGUUUAGGGAUUUGGUUAAGAGACAAAGAGAGAGCAUUCGCGAGAGAAGCAGAACUAGAAGACGGAGCGUAAGUGCAUCAGGCCCGUUCAUGCGGAGAGCUUUGACGGCCGACACCACGGUUGAUGAGGGAAGAAAACCAGAUGAGAGGAGCGAAUUCGAGAGUCGGCAUAGUGAACCUCGAGAUCCAGCUGUGGAUACCGGGAAAGAGAACGUGUGGCCUGAAUCACCCAACAGAACAAUAGCAGCAGAAGAAGAAAGCACGAACAAAGAAAACGGCAAACCAGCAAACGGAACGACAGAACCAAGCGCAGGCAACCACAAACCAAAGGUGGAAGACGAAACAGACAAGAUAGACGAAGGCGUGCAAAGACGCACCCGUCAGCGUAGCAUAGACUCUACGCAUAUCUCAUACGAACACCGCGUUCUCAGUUUCCGGAACGUGAACAACGCCCGUCCGACGACUAUGUCAGCAUACCAGUCUCCGCGCCAGGCGAAUGGUGAAGGUUUGUUGAAUCGUAUGGAGAACAGGGCGAAGGUGCUUAAGGAUGAGGUGACGCACCUGGAUCACUCCCUUUAUCCGACGUAUUUGACGAGGCAUACGACGGGGCGGAAUGCGCAGUUUUAUGGCUUGACGAGAGCAGAGAGAGAACAUUUGGGAGGCGUCGAGUAUCGAGCCAUCACAUUACUAGCCUGGAUUGUACCAAUUUACUUUGUGCUUUGGCAACUUUUGGGCUCGAUUGGAUUAGGUUGGUAUUUUGCGAACAACAAGCGGUCGACUGCGGAGGAGAAUGGGAUUAAUCCUUGGUGGUUGGGUGUUUUCAAUGCAAUCAGCGCUUUCAAUAAUUCGGGUAUGAGUUUAUUGGAUGCAAAUAUGAUCCCAUUUCAGACUUCGGUCUAUACACUCGUCACAAUGGGUCUUCUCAUUCUUGCCGGAAAUACAGCUUACCCUCUCUUUCUCCGCUUAAUUCUCUGGUCUCUGCUCAAGAUCCUCUGCCUCAUCUACCCCUCUUCGGAUGCCUUCCCCUCUCAGAAAGCUACGCUCCGCUUUGUCCUCCGCUAUCCUCGCCGCGUCUAUACGAACCUCUUCCCCAGCGCCCCAACCUGGUGGCUCCUCUUCAUGGUCAUAGUUCUGAACGGUGUUGACUGGGCUGCUUUUGAACUCCUCAACAUCGGCAACCCAGCAACCUCCUCCAUCCCAGCCCACUUCCGGGUCCUCGACGGCCUCUUCCAAGCCCUCGCCGUCCGCUCCGGCGGCUUCUACGUAAUCUCCAUCACCAGCCUGCGCAUCGGCCUCCAAGUCCUCUACGUGAUCAUGAUGUACAUCUCCGUGUACCCCGUCGUAAUCACCAUGCGCCACUCCAACGUCUACGAAGAGCGUUCAUUGGGUAUCUACGCCGACGACGCCGACGACUCCUCGGACGAGGAAUCCGCCCUCUCGAAAUCGGAACGGGAGAAAGAGCUCCCGAAACUCGGAUCCCUAGCUACAAAGUUCAAACGCACGCUCACGACUACCUUCGACAACCUAUCUACGCCGUUCGCGAGCCAGAAUAUGGCCGCGACGAGGAAAGCCACGACCACGACGGGCAAACAGUUCGUGAGGCAACAGGUCCGUGGCCAGUUGGCUCAUGAUAUCUGGUGGCUUGUUCUGGCUAUCUUGUUUAUUUCUUGCAUCGAAGUGUCGAAUUUCGAUCGGGAUCCGGUUACGUACUCGGUGUUUAACAUCGCGUUCGAGGUCGUGAGCGGGUAUGGGUGUGUGGGGAUCUCGACUGGGUUGCCGAACGAAGCGUAUAGCUUUAGUGGUGGGUGGCAUAAGGCGAGUAAGUUGAUCCUUUGUGCUGUCAUGUUGCGGGGACGGCAUAGAGGGUUGCCUGUCGCGCUGGAUAGGGCUGUCAGGUUGCCUCAGGGAGUCGAGAGAGAGGAUUUGGGUGAUGGUGGCAGGGGGAAUGGUCAGGGAUGGGAGGAUGAAGAUAGAGUGCUGAGACGGAUGGGCAGUUUUGGGGUGAGGAGUCGGAGGGGGAGUGUUAGUGUGGGGACGGGGACUUGAGUUGAUUGCGAGGCGAUUGGUUUAGAUUACAGAAUCUUGUGUAGAAGCGUCGAAUAGAGAAUCUUUAGAAGUCGGCUCCCUCCCCAGUUCAAAUCGCUACCCUAAACCACUCUCUCGACCCACUCAACCUUUCUUCUUCCGCCGACAUUCUUCAAAAUGACCAAAGAAAGAGGCCAUUCAGAUCCCGGACCUCGCCAUUAGCAAUUACCUAUUGUCAUUCCCGUUCCUAGGUCCGGAGCCGAGUUGUGUUAGUCCAUGCGGGAUUUGGGAAAGAGCUUUUUGCUUUUAGAGCGAAAGCGUUGGGAAUUAAUCCGCGUCUAUACUUGGGAAAUCUUCC